AUGACAGACCACCAAGUCAUCUGCAAAGAUCUACCCUCGCUGGAAAGCAACGCGGUAGGGAUCGAAGACUUCUGCUGGUACCCCUCUAUGAAUCCGUCACGAUCUGGUGAGCGUUACAUGAGUCCCUCCACUGCUGGUGGGAGUCCCUCUCUACCGAUAUUAACCCCCAGCGAUUUGUUAAUGAUGCGUGACAGCUGGGACGCUCCCAACCAGACGGACAGCCCGUCGACCCAAUGCACUCGAAGCCAUGCCGCCACCAAACCACCCUUUACCACGCCGGAAACCCCAAUUCCCACCGCGGUCGGUGUUCCUAAACCUGCCACCACAGUCUCAAAUCAUGCCAUUGCCGCAGGCUGCGUUCCUCUAGCUGGUACGGCAACCCUAUCUCCAUGCGGCAGCGAUGUAAGCUUGGGACAUCGAAUGGAGUUCGCGGUGCCUGUAGGGGGCGUGCCAUCGGUGAACCCUCCAUCUCCCUUUGCGCAUCAGUGCCAGGUAUCGGAGCUGCUUAGUGGCCCGGACUCUCAAAACGUGUUCGCAUGCCUCCGAUGGAAAGAUGGACCGCUGGAUAUCAACGACGCUGCCGAGAGUGAAGGCGCAGACGAUGAUCAGUCGAGUCACUAUCUGUGGUCGUCUGGAUGUGUGACGUAUCCCACCUUUGGGAACGGCGAGUUGAUGAGCAGUAGCGUCGACGAGUCUCUAACAUGUCCUCCCAAGAAACAGCACCAUGGGGGGCAACCUCAACAUCAGGAUGUUCAGGGGACCAAAGAUAACAACCAUCAACGAGUCCCCGAUUGCUCGGAAGAUGCAAUUCGCAGCAACCUCUUCAUAUCGGGAUUGCGGCACAGUGUGACGGACAGCGGCCUACACGAACUCUUUUCUCCAUUUGGAAGCAUCGAGUCCGCCAAGGUGAUGCUGGACAUUCACACCGGGAGAAGUCGUGGGAUCGCAUUUGUGAAGUUUGUUCGACUCUGCGACGCUCAGCGCGCGGUUGAGGCGCUCAACGGUUCAAUCUUCUGUGGUGAGACCAUCACCGUGAGAGUGGCUAAACCCAACGCCGCUUACCGACCAGGGGCUCCAACGAACAAAACAUUCGUACGGAACGUUCCACUCAGCGCCAAAAAAGAGGACCUCGUGUCCCACUUCAGCAAGUACGGGCAGGUAGUGGAAGUGUCCAUUCAUGGCGAUACGGCCCAAUGCUCAACAAACAAGAAGCGAAACGUCGUAUUCAUUACGUACACCACCAAAGAGGCUGCGGCUUGGGCGGCACAGCAAACUCAUACGACGAUGCCAUUUCCUGAUUGUGAGGGUAUCCCGCUGCUCGCUAAAGUAGCGGAAGAUUCCGCCCACCGCAUUGAGCGUUUAGCUCGUCGUGGUUCUUCUGGUAAGCAGGCGAGUAACAGCAGUAAAGCGGUAAGUGGCGAUGCAAGUCCCCAAACCGCACAUCUACCACCAACCCCUCCUUUAGCAGUCAGCCAGCAACACCCUCACCAGCAGUCACUACUACAAUUUCAGCAACAACAGCAACAACAUGACCUUCAGCAACAACUAUUCCUACAACAACAGCAACAGCAGCAAGCGCUUCAGCAGCAGCUGUUUAUGCAACAACAACAGCAACAGCAGCAGGCAUACACAAGCGGUUUCAUCUCCUCCAAACUCCCUCAGGCCUUUGGUACAUGCGCCGGGGCUCCUUCACUUGUUAUGUCACCGCCCGGCCUCUACAGCUCAGAACCGUACACCGCACCAACCCCCAGCUUUGGAGUUCAACAGGGACUUUACGCAACACCGCUUUUUCCGCUUCCCGCUGGACCAACCGCUGGAGGGCAAGUUGUUAUUUUGGGUCCCAACCGGCAACUUCAGCCGGCGGUGAUGUGCCCACCAACCCCCCAACCGCAAUCCACCGUCAUGUAUUAUAUGCCGGGUGCUCAAGUUCCGAUGCAAGUGCCCAUCACUGCAGAGCGGUUACAACACGUAACACCGACUCCCACCAUGCGUGUAGGUUGA